AAAGAAAGUAAUAUGAAUGAUUGUCCUAGUCCCUUACAGUUUAGGCUUUUAUAUAAUUGGGAACAACAGGGACAACGAAUAUACCCUACAUUGACAGUUGAAUUAAACAAAAUUCCCAUUUACAGAUUAAUCCAUUAUGAAUUCAAACAACAUUUCAUCUCUGUUGGACAAAUAUUUAAGGCUUGUGAACUUACACUGAUAGAUGGACUCGUGUUAUUUAAUCUAGAUCUUUGUCAUUUUCAGGUCGAUUUUCUUGUACCUGAGUUCCCCUUUUCUGAUAUUUGGGUUACGCUUGAACAGGCAAGAGAGAUAGCGACUAGCUUGAAGGUAUCACAGACAUUAUCACUUUUAUUAAGUGAAGACAUGGAUCCCCUUUUCACUUCAGAUAACUUGAGUCGAAAUGAACUCAUGCAUAAUUGGAUAGUCCCCUCCAUUCCCAGCUUAAAUUAUUCAACUCGUGCUCUUUUAGAAACGGAGUUUCAGAUGAUUGAAUUAUUAUUACCCACUGGUCGAAAAAUCCGAACUCAAGUUGACAUGACUAAUAGACAACAGCAACAACAUCAAGGGAUAGUCAUGAGGACUCGAGCGGAGACAGGACUUGUGCGUUGGCAAAUAAUAGCAUAUGAAAAAUUCUGUAUAGAACAAAAGAAUAGUAGUCAUCGUUGUCGUCAUCAUUCAAAGAUAAUCACAACAGAAGGGGCCAUUUGGGAUACAUUACAAGGCAUUUUAUCCAAUUUAAAAAAAGUAAAUACAACAGAUUAUCGUAAUCAGCUUAUCCCUGAUAGUAUCAUGAUUCAUGAUUUGCUCAUAAAACGUGAACACAUUGAAAAUAAUUUAAUAUUACAACAGCUUUAUAUUGCAUUUAUGGCUGAUAAAAUAAUGAAUGAAUUAAAUAAACAAGAAGAAGAAAAGAGAUCAAGAAAAGAAGGUCAAGAUAUGAAUAAUAACACUAUUUUAUUGUUUCAGAAUCGACUGGAUUUAUUAGAAAUCGAGUUAAAUAGACUCAAAGACAAAUUUGAAGAGAAUGACUUAUAUCAAGAUGAACUGGUACAACAAUUAAACGAGUUAUCUAAUAACUGGAAAUUUAAUAUAAUUUGUCAAAAAAGAAAAGCUUAUUAUAGUCAAUGGAUACUGAGUUUCAUUUUAUGCGUUAUUUUUGGCGCAGUCUAUUUUCGGACAUUUGUAGUAUGAUUACACUAAUAAGAAAAGAUCGACCCCCAUUAUCAUAAUUCAAAUAGUGCUUUUUUUUUAAUAAUUAUUAUUAUUCUUUU